UGUGAUUGGUCAAAAGUAGAGAGAGCGGUUGUCAGUCAGACAGAAACCCCGCCCCCGAGCUUCAGAGUGAACUGCUCCUGGACCAGAACCCAACAGUCGUCCGGUUCCUCAGUGAUCAGAACCAGUGAUCGAUGAGUGAUCGAUGAGUGAUUGGUCGUCUUUGGCUGCGGUGUGUUUGUUUUGAGGGCGGGGAUGUCCCGGUUGCUGGAGAGCAGGAGACAGGACAGGAUGAAGGAAAUCAACCUGAAGAACAAGGAGAAGGAGCGACUGAAGGAGAGAGAGAAGGAGGCGAGAGAGAGAGAGGCGAGGUCCAGUAACGGUCACCUGUUCACGUCACUGACCGUGUCGUCCACCACACUGUGUUCAUCCUGCAACAGGAGCAUCACAGCCAAGGAGGCGCUCAGCUGCCCAGCCUGUAAUGUCACCAUCCAUAAUCGCUGCAGAGACAGCUUGGCGAGCUGUGCCAAGAUGAAACAGAGGCAACAGAAGUUGUCUCUGGUCAGAAACAGUUCAGCCCUGCAGAACGUCCACCUCAGGACCAAGACUCCGACGAUAAAGGAACGUCCCAGUUCUGCGAUCUAUCCGUCCGAUCUUCGCCAGUCUUUUCUCGGGUCCAGACGAGUUCGCUCUGGUCUGUCUCUCGCUAAGAGCGUCUCCACCAAUAACAUCUCAGGGGGGAUUGAUGACUCUGCAGGUCUCAGGAGAAUCCUGUCUCACUCCACUGAGUCGUUGAACUUCAGGAGCAGAACUUUGUCCAUGGAGUCUCUGACUGACGAGGGUGAGUGGUGGUGGAGCCCCCUGCUGGAGCAGCUGCAGGAUGAAGGCAGCUGUGUUCAGGUGGACAGCUGGAGUCUCGCUGUGGAACCAAACUUCCUGCAGACGCUUCACAAAGACGUGAUCCGACGACAGGACGUUAUCUAUGAGCUCAUACAGACGGAGUUCCACCACGUGCGGACACUGCGGAUCAUGGAGGGCGUGUACAGGAGGGGGAUGCAGGAGGAGGUGCUGUUGGAGGCCGGUGUCGUCCACAGUAUCUUCCCCUGUCUUGACCAGAUGCUGGAGUUUCAUGCUAACUUCCUGUCUCAGCUGCUGGUCCUCAGGAAGGAGGGACUGGUGGACGGGAGUUCCACCAACUUCACCGUCCACAGAAUUGGAGACUUGCUGCUCAGACAGUUUUCAGGUCAGUGUGCAGACGACAUGAAGAAACUCUACUCUCAGUUCUGCAGUCGUCAUCCCAAAGCUGUGAAACUCUACAAAGAAGUUAUGGCUCGUGACCGAAGACUGCAGCAGUUCGUCAGACGCGUCUGUCGUGGGCCUCUGCUGCGUCGUCAUGGUGUCCAGGAAUGUAUCCUGCUGGUGACACAACGAAUCACAAAGUAUCCGGUCCUCAUCCAACGAAUCCUCGACUACACCAGAGACACUGAGGGGGAGGAGUUUCAGACCCUCAGUAGAGCGCUGCAGCGUCUGAAGGAGCUGAUAAGCUCUGUGGAUCAGGAGGUUCUGGAGCUGGACCAAACCAGAAGGCUGCAGGAGAUCCAAGCCCGUCUGGACCCGCGGGCUCAAGCUGAGGUUCGAGGUGGAGAAGUGUUUAGAGGAGGAGAACUGCUACGGAGGAGGCUCCUCCAUGAGGGAGCGCUCCUCUGGAAGGUCCAGGGCUCUAGGAUGAAAGAUGUCCAGGUCCUGUUGAUGUCAGAUAUCCUGGUUUUUCUUCAAGAGAAGGAUCAAAAGUUCACAUUUGCAUCACUGGACAAGUCUCCGGUUGUCUCUUUGACGAACCUGAUAGUCAGAGAUAUAGCCAAUCAAGAGCGAGGGAUGUACCUGAUCAGCGCGUCCACACCUCCAGAGAUGUACGAACUGUAUGCAUCAUCAAAAGAGGACCGUCGCACCUGGAUGACACGGAUUCAGCAGGCUGCUCUCAGUUGUCCGUCCAGAGAAGAGUUUCCUCUCAUCGAGACUGAAGAUAAAGCUUUACUGCGACGUCUCAGAGCUGACAUCCAGCAGAAGGACAGGGAGGUGCUGGAGCUCCUGCAGGAGCGCGUGACACUGUUUUCUGACCUAAUGGAAGCAACAGGCAGAGAAGAAACACAAGGACGUGAGGAGGUGAGCGCCUCCUGCAGGAACCUGUUCAGGGCCAACACUCCUCAUGCUCCUCAGGCUGAGCCACUCCUCACUGCUGCCAUUACUGAAGUUGAUAAGCUGAUGGAGCUGCUCUUCGUCCCUCGGUCUUCUGUUACCAACAGUAACCAGCAACUCAACGGAGACUCUCAGAAGUCCAAUGGGCUGUUCAAAGAACCGAAGGACACAAACGGGAACCAGCUGCAGCAACAAACUUUGAACAAGAAGGUUUGUCAGCGUUUGGUUCAUCUGAGUCUCAAGCUUCACGCACUGCAGGCUGCUGUGAUUCGUCAGGACUCAAUCCUGGAACUGUCAACCACCUCCACCACCCAAGGCUCCACGCCCAGUCCACAGUCCGGCCCCCGUUUUAGUCGGUCAGUGUCGCGGGAUACAGGAUUGGACAGUAGCGGGGAGGUAGUGUUGCUACGGCAACAAGUAGACGUCUUACAAGAAGAAUUGACACGGCUGCGUCUGAGGGGGGCCAGGAAGGAGGCGGAGCCUGGUGGCAAAAGGAGGGGUAAUGUAGAGGUCAAUGAUGUCAUCAGAGAGGAACAGCAGGUGAGCAAGAGGCGUGGCAGCAAGGAACUAGAGCCCCGCCCCCUUAUACCAUUGGUCAGUCAGGAUCCAGUUAGCCAAUUAGAUGGCGUCCAGGAAGAAAACAAGGAGGUGGAGGAUGAACUGAUGAAGAUCUCACCCCGCUCUGACAGUCCCAGAGACCUGCAGGACAUCCCUGAGGAGAGCGAAUGUGGAGCUGAUCCCAGUUAAUGUCAACGUCUACCCAGGUCUGGAACUCUGCUGAUGAUGUCACACACUGUGAUGAUGUCACACACUGUGAUGUCAUUUCCUGUUUUACGCUUUUGAUCUCAACUGUUGUCUUUAAAAUAUAUGAAGUAACCUGUAACCUGUAAAGACCUGUUUACAUCAUCACAUGAGCUGGAACCACACCCACAUGCCCUGGAAUGGGUGUGGCUUAUGGAAGGUGCUGGUCUUUCUGAGUGGAGGUCUAGACUAUUUGAUUCGUAAUCUGACUCUUUGAUUCUGACUCGUUGACUAUUUUAAUCUAAUGUCAAGGCUCAGAAUUGUAACCAAUUUGUUUAAAACAGACCGAAACUAAAAAAUAAAUGUUUUUACACACCAGACGCGUUGUGCAGCCUCCCAUGCACAUCAAGCACACACACAGUAGCUCAGAGUGAACGUUGGUAAAAACUAUUUUGAAGCUUGAUUUACCAACACCAUCACUCGACAACACUCGUUAUGAUUGUUUCAACAACUGUACACCAUCGACAACACUCGUUCUGGUUGUUACGGCGACUGUACACCAUCGACAACACUCGUUCUGAUUGUUACGACGGCUGUUCACCAUCGACAACACUCGUUCUGAUUGUUACGACGGCUGUUCAUCAUCGACAACACUCGUUCUGAUUGUUACGACGACUGUACACCAACGGCAACACUCGUUCUGAUUGUUACGACGACUGUUCACCAUCGACAACACUCGUUCUGAUUGUUACGACGACUGUUCACCAUCGACAACACUCGUUCUGAUUGUUACGACGACUGUUCACCAUCGACAACACUCGUUCUGAUUGUUACGACGACUGUACACCAUCGGCAACACUCGUGCUGAUAGUUACGACGACUGUACACCGACAACACUUGUUUGCUUACAAAAAAAUUUGUCCUGUGUGCAAAGGCCAUUAGACACACACACUACACUUCCCAGAAUGCCUUUGGAUGCUCUUUGGGAUAGUUGGUAAACACAGUGAUGUGUUAUAUUUUAUUGUACUUUGUGAGUUUGUGUUUCUGUGAAAUCAAACCAAAACGCUGUUUGACAUUUGUGUUUUUCAAUGAUUCAGGUUUGUUCAAACUGAACGUGAUGCUGAUUAUUUCCAUGUCCAGGUGACAUCCCAGGUAAACCUGCCUGAACUGGAGGAGGGUGGGGUUAGAUAUUAUGAAACAAAAGCUGUUUAUUUUCUGAAGGACGUUUGACGUCACCACUGAAUAGCUCCUGUUAGCAUGUUAGCAUGUUUACAGAUUGUUGCUGUUGUUACUGAUCAUGUUUGAGUUUCACGGAAAGAAACGUACUCGAUGAAUUGUGUUGCCAUGGACACGGUCACGGUCAAGGACACUGAAAUCAUGGACACAGUUACACGUUUUCUGUGUGCAUGCUCUGUCUUUAUUUCUGUCUCUAUCUAUGUGUGUGUCUCUCUCUCUCUCUCACACACACACACAGCUGUGUGAUCAAUAAAACAACGAACUCUUGGACGUUUUCAGAUGAAAUCGUGUUUUAUGACCUGAUUCAGCUGCAGUUUGUGAACUCAGUGUUUUCAGGUGUUGUUAUAUCAUGUGAUCGACCUGCAGGUGAAACUGCGUGAACAGAAGUGACGCUGAUUUUUAUUUGAUCUUUUUAAACUGCAGAAACUUUAAAGUGACAUUUGUGAAAUUGUUUUGUAUAAAGAUUUGAAAAGAAAAGUGUAUAUAAUGUUUUUUAUGCUCGCUGUGUAUGUUUGCUCUUUAUUAAAAUAAUCAUCUGAAAUGUGUUUGUUAUAAAUCAUAAUGAUCAAUGAUGAUCACUGACUGUAUAUGAAGAUGAUCAAUAAUGUGCCAGUAGGGGGCAGCAUUACACCUCUCAUAUAAAUACACAAUUCACCUGUGAAACAAAUUAAAAUUCUUAAGAGUGCACUG